GCCGUCACCACCAUCACUAACUCCCUCUGUGAGCUAAACAGUUCACUGCACCACGUGGCCUUGAAGCGAUAACUAGCCCUAUAACAGCCACUCCACCACCGCCGCCUCUCAGUGUCUCCGCAGCCACUGACCACUGAAUACCGACGCAUAUUCGCUCGAACCACCACCACCACCACCACCGCCAUGCCCGAGUACAAGCUGGUCUACUUCAACGGCCGCGGCCUGGGAGAACUCGUCCGCUGGAUCUUCCAGUAUGGAGACAUUCCCUUCACUGACGAGCGUGUUGAGAUGUCUGAGUGGCCCGAGAAGAAGAAGGUCACGCCCGGAGGUAAGCUACCCCUUCUGUACAUCGAUGGCAAGCCUCUGUGGCAGUCCAUGGCCAUCGCCCGCUACGCCGCUAAGGUCGCUGGACUCACCCCGGACGACACCCUCGAAGCCUGCUACUGCGACGCCUUUGUGGAGACCGCCAAAGAGCUGUUGACGGAUAUGUACAAGAUCAUGCUUUCCGACAAGAGCCAGGAGGAGAAGGACAAAGAGCUGCGGGAGGAGUACGUGGUCAAGACACUCGUACCGGUGCUGGAGAAGGUCAACAAGAGGAUGGAGAACAGGCAGUGGCUCAUUGGGGACAAGAUGACUUGGGCUGACUUGGCUAUCUCUCGCUCCAUUGAUGAAAUGGUGCUUCACUUCUCUGAUGUAGUCAGUAAGUAUCCCCACGUCGCUGCCCACGCCGAGAAGAUACAGCAGUUGCCCAAGAUCAAGGAGUGGAGGGCGAAGAGGCCUAAAAACUUACCCUUCUAAAUUGACCAUGAGACCUGACACAUCCUUCUACACUGGUGAGGAGGCAUAAACAGCUUUCCGAACACAGCGACCCGCACACAAGGCGACCCGACAUUACCAUCACGAGUACUUUCUAUUACUAUUACCACUUACUACUCCUUGUGGUCACUCAGGCGUUGUCUCCACCAUAAAAAUGCUUUCAUGUGUGCCUUCGUAAAGCACUGGUACAUUCCUUCUCUCUUCUCUACCACACGUACAUUUCUCUUUCCCUUUCACGGAAGCACAGUGCUGUGUGCGCCUCACUGCCACACCGGAAGGUUAGUUCGGGAACACUCACGUCACGAACACACUACGUGACACCUGAAAGUACUUCAUCCAUUCUCUCCAUCAUCAUCUAUUGUUGUUAUUAUUUUUUCUAUUGAUGUUUUCAGUAUAGUUUGUCACUAAUUUUGCCAACAAUCAGCCUGGCACGUGACAGAUAUGUAAUGUUCGGACCACUGAUAAAAUAAACUAUUUCUAAAUCAA